AUGUGGCCGCUCCAGCCCGCUCCUCCAGAGCACUGCUUCCUCCUCAGGGUCAGCUCCAGGCUCAACAUCUCCCAACUCUGCACCGCCGACUUCUGCCUUCAGCUCUUGACGGAGAGCGGCCUCUGCCAGCUCCCGGAACUGGAGGACAACUGCGUCUCCAACGCCACUGUCUGCGCCCUCUAUCCACGAUGGACCAACGGAACCGACCCUCUAGUCGAACGCUUCUUAGGCCAGUAUCCGGUAGCCGAUUGGCCAUUCUUUACCAAGGACUUUCUUCACCUCAUCAACAGGCACUGGCUGACCUUCCCGCCUCCGGGGAGGAACGCACAUCUCAUCUUCAUGAGCAUCUUCCUCAUCCUCGCCAUGUUCGGCCUUCCGGGAAAUGCCAUUGUAAUCUACAUGAUAACAAGGUAA